AUGCCCCCGGCAACAGCCUCCACCACAACCGACACCCACCGGCGCACCUGGGACAGGGCCGAAUACGCCGAAAAAGCCGCCCAACGCGAGACCAAAUUCAAAGAAGAAGGCAAAGCACGCGCAGAAGCAAAAGCACUUGGCCGCAAAUACUACGCCCCUUCCUCCUCUACCGAACAAGUCGAUUCCAGCUCCCGCACCUCCCGCCUCUCCGUAACACAGAAUGUUGGGAAAGCGACGCUCAUGGUGGGGUCGGCGGGGACGGGGAAGCGUGGCCGAAGUGCGGGGUUUUAUUGUGAGGAUUGUGAUUUGACUUUUAAGGAUAAUUUGCAGUGGGUCGAGCAUUUGAAUAGUAAGCAGCAUCUUGUAGCUGUUGGGGAGAGUGGGGAGGUGAGGAGGGCGACGUUGGAAGAGGUUAGGGAACGGUUGGCACAGCUUGUGGAGGUUAGGAGGAGGGAACGGGAGGAGGCGGAGAUGCCGGUUGAUGUCCAGACGAGGGUUAAGGUGGCGGGGGAGAAGAUGGAAGCGGAACGGGAGGAGAAGAGGAGGCUCAGGAGAGAGAAGAGGCGAAAGACUGAGGGUGGGGUUGGGGUCAAGAAGGAGGAGGAGGAGGGCUAUGGGGAGGGGAUUAUCUGUUAA